AUGGCUGCCAAGAAAAUUGCUCUUUUAUAUGGGUCAGAAACAGGGAAUGCACAUGAUUUUGCUACUGUUCUAUCCCAUAAACUCCAUAGACUUCAUUUCGAUCAUACUCUAAGUACUUUGGCAGAUUAUAACAUCGAGGAUAUUAUUAGUUGCAAGUACUUAUUUAUUAUCUGUUCUACUACGGGCCAGGGUGAAUUACCAAGAAAUGUUUGGGAGAGAGCUACUGGUGAUGAUAGAUUAAACACUCUAUGGUCAUUUUUGAAGAAGAAACAAUUGCCAACUAAUUUCCUAAAUCAUAUUAAUGUGGGAUUUUUAGGUCUUGGUGAUUUCUCUUAUCCAAAAUUUAAUUACGCAAUUAGAAUGCUAGAAGAAAGAAUUGUUAAUCAAUUAGGCGCUAAUGAAAUUUUUGAUAGAUUAGAAGCUGAUGAAAUUUCAAUGGCUGGGAGUAAUAAAAACACUGGUGCUGGGAUUGAGAGUGUCUAUUUUGAGUUUGAAAAAAAGAUCGUUGCUUAUUUAAUGGACAGAUUCCCCAAUAGAAAAGUCAACGGCCAAAUUAUAAACCGUGAACCUAUUGAUAAAGAAUUAUAUUUACAGCCACCAUCUUUCUUAGAGCUAGAUACAGAUUCCAAAACCACCGAAUCUUUAAUAAGAUCACUCGAACUUAAUGGGAAUCAGGAUGAACAAAACAAAUUUUUACAUGAUUCAUCUAUCAAGUACGCUAAUAUUGUUGAAAAUGUUCGAAUAACUUCUGAAGAUCAUUUUCAAGAUAUUAGAAAAUUUGUAUUCAAAGGUGAGAAAUCAAAUGAUGAAUAUUCUCCUGGUGAUACUGCGGCAAUAUUUCCAUGUAAUUCAGAUGAGGCAGUAAUGCGGUUUUUAGAUGUACAACCACAUUGGAAAGCUGUCGCGGAUAAACCAUUAAAAUUUACCAAUGGAAUUCCAAAGGAUUUACAAAAUGGUGGUGUAAUUGAAGCAAUAACGUUGAGAAAUCUAUUGAAAUACCAUUUUGAUAUAUCUAGUGUACCAAGAAGCAGCUUUUUCUUAAAAGUAUGGAUGUUUGCAACUGAUCAGAAAAGAUUAGAACGUGGUAAAGAACAGCUGGACGAUCAACGAGAAAAAUUAUAUCAGUUUGGGACUAGCGAAGAUAUGCAAGACUUAUUUGAUUAUUGUAAUAGACCAAGACGAUCUAUAUUAGAAGUUUUAGAGGACUUCCUAUCACUCAGAUUACCAUGGGAAUAUGCUGCUGACUAUUUACCAAUUAUUAAACCACGUUUGUACUCAAUCUCAAGUGCACCAAAUGAUCCAUGUAUUGAAUUGACUGUUGCUAUCGUAAAAUAUAGAACGAUCCUAAGACAUAUCAGGAAAGGUGUUUGUACGACUUAUAUGUCUUCCCUAAACAAGGGUGAUAGAUUAAGAUACAAAAUAUUUAAUAAUAAUUUAUUGGUAAAGAAACAGAAAACUAAACCUUGGAUAUUGGUUAGCCCAGGUGUUGGUAUCGCACCAAUGAUGUCAUUUAUUAGAUCUGAUUUUGCUAAUGAUAUCACUUUGUAUUUCGGAAAUAGAUAUUUCCAUAAAGAUUUUAUCUAUCGUGAUAUCCUUGAAAAUUGGGACUCAACUGGGAAGAUAAAGUUAUAUACCUGCUUUUCAAGAGAUCGUGAAGCUUCUCCAGAUGUAAAAUAUGUCCAAGAUAUUCUUUGGAAACAUGGAAAAGAGCUAACAAAGCUCAUUGUUAAGCAAAAUGCUUAUUUCUAUUUAUGUGGAUCUUCUGGAAAGAUGCCUGUCCAAGUAAGGUUAACAUUUGUAGAAAUGUUAAAAAAAUGGGGGGAAUUUAGUACUCCUACAGAUGCUGAGAAGUAUCUCUCAAACAUGGAGAAAGAAGACAGAUAUUUACAAGAAACAUGGUAA